CGCACAUUCUUCCGCCAUUUGGAGGAAAACAAAGUAGUUCCUCCUUCCCAGCAUGGGUUCAUUAAGGAAAAUCUGUUAUCACCAACUUAUUGGAGUCACUCAAUGAUUGGACAAACGCAUUGGACAACAAAAAGUCCGUUGAUGUCAGUCACAAUAAGCUGUUGCACAAACUCAGAAAAACUAGGACUUCAUGAAAAAGUGUUCAGCUGGAUUAAGGAGUUUCUAAUACGUAUAAACACUUCAUACUCUGAUGUCUUUUGUAUCCAUAGUGGAAUUCCUCAAGGUGGGGUCCUGUCUCCCAUACUCUUUACUAUUUUCUCUGCUGAUUUGGCCUUCAUCAGUUAUAAUGACGAAGUUACUGCCAAACAAUACGCUGACGAUCCUCAAAUUCUACAAAGUAAUAAUUCUCCACAAGACUCAGUCUCAUUACAGAAUUCUAUUAAUAUGCUUGUACAGUGGUCUGAAGAUUGGCAGUGGUCCUCUCUCCUCUACCAAAACUUUUCACAUGCGUAU